AUGGAGGAUCCAUUGCACAGCUCGGAGGUUUUGGCUGCUCGGUUGCAGCUUUCGGAGCUGCAAGACCGCCUGCAGCGCUGCUUUGACGCCCAGGUAGCGCUCACCAGCUUUCUGAGCUGCGGCGCAGACGUGGAUGCAGACAUGUCGGACACCGUGCUGAUGGCGGAUGAGGCCGGAGAAGCUGAGCUGCUGCAGGAGCAGAUUGCCGUCUUGGCAUCGCUCAUCGCCAGCGAGGAGGGGCGGGACGCGGCCGCGCGCAUGCAGGCUGACGAGGCCGCGGCGCAGGAGGCGUCCGCGGCCCUCGCCGCCGCGCUGGACGCGCGCGAGCGCUGGGACGCGUCGGUGCUGCGCGCGCACGACGCGGCGUUCGCGGCGGCGCUCGCGACGUGCGACGAGGACAUGUGGGAGGAGCAAGGCGACCUGCUGGAGCGGCCGCUCGACAUAUCAAGCCGGCCCGUGGUGCCUGCUGCUGAGGGCUGCGCAGGUCCCGCCCCAAGCGCAGACUGCACAGGCGCCGCUGCCAGCGGCAGCCGCCUGCAGCAGGCGCCGCCGCGGCUGUCGGCCGGCAAAGCGCCCCAGCGGCCCCCUCUGGCGGGGCACCCCGGGCAGGCCAAGGGCAAGGGCCGGCCGCAGGAGCUACGGGCUCAGCAGGCACAGGCCGGCGCAGCAGGCGGCGCCGGUGGCGCCGACUGCGCGAUCUGCUUCGAGCGCUUCCCGCUGCACGUCAUGCUGUCCGCCCGGCUGCCGGAGGGUGCCGCGUCCUCGUCAGCGUCGCGGGGGACGUGCGGCCACCACUUCUGCGCCGGCUGCAUGCGGCAGUACGUGCAGGGCGUGGUGCAGGCCCGCAGGUACCCCAUCGCGUGCCCCAGCCCCGGCUGCGGCCGUGAUCUGGCGCACGACGACGUCCUGCAUCUGCUUAAGGACGUGCCGCGGGACCUGCAGGCGUACGAGUGUCUUGUGGCCGAGGAGUCCAUCGAGUCGUCGCUGCGCACCUACUGCCCCUACAAAGACUGCUCGUGCCUGCUGGAGCGCCCAGACCCCGAGGAGGGCGACGGGCAGGAGGGGCCCUAUCAGUGCCCCUCCUGCCACCGCCGCUUUUGCCUGGCAUGCAGCAUCACCGGCUGGCACACGGGCCUCACCUGCGCCGAGUUUCAGGCGCUCCCCCCCGCCCUGCGCUCCGUGGAAGACGCGGCCAUGCUGCAGCUCGCAAAGGCGCAGCAGUGGAAGCGGUGCCCCGCGGCCGGCUGCGGGCACGUCGUAGAGCGGUCGGAGGGCUGCAACCACAUGCGCUGCCGCUGCGGCUGCUCGUUCUGCUACGCCUGCGGCGCGCGCUACCAAGACGAGCGCCCGACAGCCGACAACGCGCACGGCACGCCCGCGUGCCGCUGCCCGCUGUUCUCGGUGCCGGAGGAGCCCGGGGAGGUGGCGGCUGCGCCGCAGGCGGUGCUGCUGCGGCAGGCGGAGCAGCGGCCGUUUCGCAACGGGCGGCGCGUGUCACGCACGCCAUGCCGCCACUCGCAGUCGCUGUACGACUGCCCUCUGGGCCCGGAUCGCUGUUGGUUUUCGCACAUAGAGGACGAGAUGUGA